UUUUUCAACACUAGUUUCCAGGCGUUUUAUGUGACGUGUCUGCGCUUCAUCGAAAAAAUUAAUAACAAAAUAAAUUGAAUAUUUUCCAAAAUAAAUAGCACAAAGCCGCAAAAUGGUUGAAAUUAGCAGCGUAAUUGCAAAGUUUUACAAUGACUACGUGCAAAACACACCGAAAAAGCUAAAACUCGUGGAUAUCUACUUGGGCUACAUUCUACUAACCGGCAUCAUACAAUUUGUUUACUGCUGCCUGGUGGGCACAUUUCCCUUCAACUCAUUCCUAUCGGGCUUCAUCAGCACCGUCAGUUGCUUUGUGCUGGCCGUUUGUCUGCGUCUGCAGGCGAAUCCACAGAAUAAGGCCGUUUUUUCGGGUAUCUCACCGGAACGUGGCUUUGCCGACUUUAUAUUCGCGCACGUUAUUCUGUUUUUGGUUGUCAUGAACUUCAUUGGAUAAGUUAAAUAAGUGAAUUACAUUGGUAAAAUUCAGUAAUUUAUCGGAAUAAUUAAAUGUUUAACUUA